AGCUAGGGUGGCCACGGGGCCUGCAGUCGGCGCGGCCGCAGGGAGGGAGGGACUUGCCGCCCGGAGAGCGCAGGCUCAUGAAGGUUUUUUGCCUCGGCUUCCCAAGGGGACCUUCACUUGAAGAAGGUUCCAGGAGUCAUCACUCUGUCAUCCUCUCCCUGGUCUGGGUACCUCUUGGGAUUUCUUCUGAGUUGGAGUGGCAGUUUCUCUCACUCCACUAUCCUUGCUCAUUGUACUGAACCAUGAACUACAAAAUCUAGAACCCGGAGAGGUUAUAUGCACUAUGGCUAUGACUAGUGUCAGGCUACUCACUGGUGCUAUAAGAAAGCCAGAUGCCUGGAUUGGACUCUGGGGUGUGCUUCAAGGGACAUCUUCACACAAACUCUAUGCUUCCUGGAAUCGAUACUUAUAUUUUUCUAGUACCAAGUUAAAUGCAUCAAAUUACAAAACAUUUUUCCAUGAUAUUUUCUCUCUGAGACUUCCAGGGCUUUUAGUAUCUCCAGAAUGUAUUUUUCCAUUUUCUGUACGACUCAAAAGCAAUAUAAGCUCUAAAAAAUCCACUAAGAAGACUCUGCAAAAAGUAGCAGAUGAGGAGGACUCUGAUGAGGAAAGCCAAAACACGGAGAGGCAUGAGCAGGAGGAGGAGCUUGAGGAUAAGCCUGGUGUGGUCAAGGACUACAAAGAUCUGGAGAAGGUCGUGCAGUCUUUUCGGUAUGAUGUUGUCCUGAAGACAGGCCUUGAUAUUGGGAGAAACAAAGUAGAAGAUGCGUUCUACAAAGGUGAACUCAGACUGAAUGGGGAAAAGUUAUGGAAGAAAAGCAGAACGGUAAAAGUAGGAGAUACUUUAGAUCUUCUCAUUGGUGAGAACAAAGAGACGGGAACAGAGACAGUGAUGCGGAUUCUUCUAAAAAAAGUCUGUGAAGAGAAGACCGAAAGUGAUAAACACCGGGUGGUGUUACGAAGAUGGAAAAGCUUAAAGUUGCCUAAGAAGAGUACGUCUAAAUAAAAGAGAUUGCUUUUUAUCCACCAAGCUGCUUUCUAGUUGUGGGGGGAGGGGCCAACAUAAAAAGAGGACAUUUUUACUAAAAUAAGGUUCUCUCAUCAUUUGUGAACUCAUUGGAACAUUUCUUGGAAACUGGGUUCCAUGAGUUUCCCUCCUGGGUAGAGCUUGUACUCCUUUGGACCUGUCAGCCUGAGAGCUCCUCUGUCCACACAGGUGCUGGAGUAUGGGGUAUUUCCUGCCAGAGACAGCCGUAUGACUUGCAUGCCAUUUCCCACAUUAACUACCUCGGGAGUCAUAAAAUUAACUGUUGUUUCUAA